AUGGCGGGUGAUCAUCAAAGUUCGAGCUCAUUCUCGACAGGAAAGAGUGCACAAGAGAGAGGCUUGUCGUACGUCCUCGAUUGUUACGUGGUUCCAGCCCCACAACGAGAGAGUUUACACUCAUAGGCCGCCAAAGUUCCCGUUGUUGAUUUGGCUGAGUUGAGACAGGGUCCAGCUCGACGGUCUGUCGUUAUCGAAGACAUUCGAAAUGCUUGCCAGCGUUUGGGUUUCUUCCAGAUCGUCAACCAUGGCAUUUGCCAAUCGGUGCUGGACGGAGCUCUUUCUUCAGCAUUCGAUUUCUUUAAGUUGCCAACCGGAGAGAAGAUGAAGUUCAUGUCCAACGACGUUCGCAAGCCGGUGAGGUAUGCGACAAGUCUCAAGGAUGGGAUCGACAAGGUGCAGUUUUGGAGGGACCUCCUUAAGCAUUAUGCGAAUCCCUUGGAGGACUGGAUCGAUGCAUGGCCUGCUAAUCCACCGAGUUACAGGGAAAAAAUGGGGAAUUAUUCUACGGAGGUGAGAAAGCUUGGCUUAGACCUAAUGGGAGCAAUCACCGAGGGUUUGGGCUUAGGUUCAACAUACUUGAGCGACAAAAUGGACAAAGGAAUGCAAGUCAUGGCAGUCAACUGCUACCCACCGUGUCCAGAACCGGAUAUUUCACUUGGGUUACCGCCUCAUUCCGACUACAGCUGCUUAACCAUUGUCCUCCAGAGCUCAAGGGGCCUCGAAAUCAUGGACAAGGAUGACGGAGAAUGGGGAGCAGUCGAGCAACUUCAAGGUGCCCUACAAGUGCAUGCGGGCGACCAUCUUGAGGUACUGAGCAAUGGCUUUUACAAGAGUGUGGUGCAUAGGGCUUCACUCAAUCCUGACAGGACUAGAAUCUCCAUUGCUAGCCUACAAAGUUUGGGCAUGGAUGAGCUGAUGAAGCCCGCCAAAAAGCUUGUGGAUGAACAACAUCCGAAGGGGUAUAAAGAAAGUAGUUUCAGAGAUGUUCUAGAUUUUCUCUCCAAAAAUGACAUUGGGGAGGGAAAGAGUUUCAUUGACACGCUUAAGAUGAAGGGAUAA